AACUCACAAAAAGUCACAAUCACCUUCGGCUGCCUCCCUCGUCCACUGCGUUGUGGACCUUCUGGGCAUUCCCAUCCACAAAAAAAAAAAAAAAAAAAGUUAUUCUUAGCACAAAACAAACCUGCGGUUAAGGAUGCAUAAACGCCCAGCUUACCUUUCGGCGAACGACAUAGGUAAAGAUUUUCACUCUCUCUUUAUUUUCUAUUUUUUGGCAGGCGGGGGAAAACCAACAAGAGAAGGGCACAUGGCCAAGGUCGGACGAUCACCGACGAUCUUGGGCGGCUUUGGCGUGUUUCAUAUUUUUUUGGCGGACCCCUUUUCUUCUUUUCUCUCUUGUCCCUUUGGUUCUUUUUUUUUCAAUCUUCACCUUGGGGGAAAGCAAAGCACCAAGAACUCCCCAAGGUUGCCAAGGCUUUGUCUGUUGUCCAUAUUUCCCCUGCUUGUCAAUUUUCUGGCGUCUUGGCUUUUCUUUUCUUGAUGAACCACUCUUUCUUUACUAUGAGUUGAUUGUGCAGAUCAUUUACCUCGUCAGGGCAACCUUUUUCCUCCGAAACUCGGAACUCAUGAUCAGUCGAUCUGAGAAUUUUGCUGUAUUGGGAAAAUCUCGGGGAGGCUGGUUUCCAUUAUCUUUUUUUGCCUCCGACUUUUCGGGGGUUAUUCGCGGGGACGGCCUUGACCUCCCAAUUGAUGAACCCGGGACAAGAUUAAAGAUAGCUUGGAUAAGUACCACACAUUUGAUUGCUCACC